AUGAGUUUGAAAAAUGAUACAGCCUAUGAGGGAAAAAAUGAACUCCAAAUCAUAAUCAGUAAAAUCGUAUUCAAAUUAAAGAAUGAAGAAUUAGAAUCAAAAUAGAACAAUGGACCUAUGAUGGAAAAAAGAAUUCGCUAAAAAGCAAUACAUAAAAUUUAUAAAAUAAUGUUAAAGAGUUUGUUUGAUAUCAUGCUAUUAUAUAUAAUCAUAUAAUUGGAUUUUUUUUUAUUAUUUUCAUUUUGAUUAUAAUAUCAGAUAUAUGAUAAAUUAUAAUUAAUUUUAUAAUGGAAAAACAAAAUUGAGAAAAACUUGACAAUCAAAAUCAAGGGAUUGGAGUUUCAGAAGGCAAAAAAAGUUAAAGAACUAUUACAUUCUUAAUCAACAUUGAGAUUUCAAUAAUAACAAAUUAAAAUAGAACCUAAACAAAAAAUAUAGUAAAUAACUAAUCCUCCUAAUUUCCACGAAUAUGUACAAUUAAUCGAAAAAAAUACGGAAUACAGAAUUUGAGUAAACCAAAAAGAAAAACAGAUUAUGGAAGAAGUCUUAUUCGAAUUUGUUCCACAAAGUCUCUAAUUCUAUACGAAUCGUUACCUAAUCUUCCAUAAAUCAAUUGACAGA